UUUACAUAUUAUCAUCGUUUCGUGAAAUUGUGCUUGCUCCGGAAGCUUCGCUCUUCCUUCUGUUUUUUGAUUCAUGGAUCCACUCAACCCCCAAGCUCACUUUCUCCCCGCACCCAAAUCAUCUUCCCCCAAUUUUUUCCCGCGGUUGGAUAUUUCCCGAUUCCGAUUUCAUCUUUUUCGCACAAAAAACAGGGAUAAAUCCCCCAAAACUAGCUGAAUAUCGGAAAAAUCAGGAUGAUUUCCCGCUGGAAAUCAUUCGAUACAGGGUUUUAUGGCGUCUCGUAAUAUGAUGCUCCUCGAUAUCCAGAUUUUUGUGUCGGUUAAAAAGGGUGGAAGAUGAUUGCCGGCGCCGCUCCGGGGAGAUUGAUGUUUGGUGGUAUUAGUCGGAAGGAAUUUCUUCAUACUAAUUCGGAGAUCUUUUAAGUUAUGGACAAUGGAGACGGACAAGACGAAAAUACGAAGGCGAGCACUUCCGCUUCUACUAAUAAACGGGUUUCCUUCAUGUCCGAGAUUAAAGUCGUCAAUGCAGACGAAGGAAGUGGGAACGGGCGAGAUUCAGACAUUACGCUAAAGGAAAUCGACCAUGGCUCGGACAGAGUAUCAAAUUCUUCUGAUUCUGCAGAUUCUCCCUCGUCAGAAUCUUCGAACGAAGAAGCUAAUGUCCAUGUCGACCCUCAAGAACUUCCUCCGGUCGAAGUUCAAACCGAUGCUCCCAAGUCCGAUUCAGAAAAUGAUAAUGUUGAUAUCGUGAACGAGCUUUCUUUCCUGGUCGAAGAGCCGAUUGUCGAGGAUCCGGAAUCCCGUUCACGUGGCUCCGAUAUCACGAUCUCCCACGAGCCUAUUCUCCCGAGCAUCUCGCCCAUGCUGUCCCCUCCGAUCCAAGUGAUGGAAAGAGAUCCCGAAAGUCCUCUCGAUUCCGUUCUGAGUCGACCGUCGACACCGUCAACCGCAAUGGGCUGGAGCGCCACUUCCAACGACUCGCUGUUCAGCAUUCGUCUCGGGGCCACGAGUUUCUCCCGCAAUCCUGCCCAUAGGAUGGAUCACGACUUAUCGAAAUCCGGUCGCAUCCCGAAAUCCGAAGAUCUAUUCAUCUCGGGGGAGCUUUACGAACUCAGAAACUCUCAAGAACUACCCAAGACCGGAGAACUCGGCCAUUCUGCCGAGUCGUACAAAGGCAGCGACAUUACAUUCGGAGCCGAGUUAGUUUGCUUCAGUCAAGCAUCGUCGUCGUUUAAAGCGCCCGAUCCGAUCGAUCCCGAAGAAACAGGAAUGGAGUAUCUCCCGCUCAACGGUAACUCCGAGGCUCAAAUCGAUACAAGUUCGAAAAAAUCGAGCGCUGCUUCGAGUCCCACCGCACGCCCCGUUAAAACGGGAACUAAUUCCCAGGUUUCGACUCGUCCGAAGAAAAAGUCGUCAUGCCUGCGAUGCGUACCGUGUAAGUCGACUUGUUGCGGUAAAAUGUCGUGUAAAUGCUUCGCCUGGACGAAUUGUUUCGGGAGGUGCUUUAACCCGACGCGCUGCUGCUCGUGUAAAUGCUCGGGUCUAUCGUGCAAAUGGUUUGCCUGCUCGAAUUGCUGCCCGGGAUCUUCUUGCGCCUGCAAAUGCUUCACCUGCUCGGGAUGCUGCCCGAAUCGAAAGUGUUGGAGCUGCAAAGGUUGCUGCCCGACAAAAAAAUGUUGGAGCUGCCCGACCAGGAGUUUUUGUAGCUGCAAAAGUUGCUGUCCGAAGUGGUCGUGGACGUGCUGCUGCUGUUGCAACCAUAAAUCGAAAAAAUCGAGCUGCGACUCGUAGCGCGCCUUUGGAUUGAUUCAAAAAUCCUCGGAGCUUUCAUUGCGAACGAUGCUGCCAAGCAUUUCGAGGCAGCGAGCGUCGUCUUCCUGUCGAAGCUGCUCGGAGAACAAUGCUCUCUCGCUAGCAUUUGUCGUUUUGUCGCAUCGCCGGGACCGGCGAAAUUCGGGUAAAUUUUUUGCAACGUAAUACGUUGAAACUGUUUGGUCGAGGUUUUUCAAAGCUGCUGUUGAUCUCCUGGCGACGGAACGAUCGAUCGGGUCGUGAUAAUUUUUCGUAAGAACUUCGAAUGAGAAGUUGUCGAUUUUCUUCGGAGAAAAUUGGCUAGCGCGAAACUUGUGCUAUAGCUUUCAUGUUCAUCGCCAUCCGCCUCGGUUUUUAAUUGAACUACUCGUAUAUUGUACUUUUUGCGAGAUUUUUCUGUGUAUAGUUUAGCUCGAGUAGUAAUACAUAUAUACACACGAUCGAUCGACUCGAACGUUGCGGAUUUUCAUCUUGUUGAGAUGCGCAAGAUAUUGAUUCGAUCGGGAUGGUUAUCUUCGAAGCGAAG